CUGAUACAAAAAGAAAAGAUUGCAUUGCACGAGAAAGCCUUCACACCCUUCUGGGUCUCCUCCGUACGGCUCAGGGGUCGCUAUGAGGCACUUCAUCUUUUCCAGUAUAGACAGGGAGAUGGGAGGGGCAUCUCGCUGCUCUGUGCCGGGAGUCAGGCUACUGACAUGCUGCCCGAGACUCAGAACAAGGGAGCGUAUCUCCCCCAUCUCCUGCUGUUGCUGCUCCAUAACCGCCUUCUGGGCAGCAAGCAGGGGGACCCAUUCGGGGUUACUCACCUUGCUUCCCUUGGGCUGCACAUUCUGUGAUGGCGGCGGGUAGAUGGAAGCAAGAGGCGGGUCAGCGGAAAGGUUACAGUGUGCAGUAAUGGACAGAGUGAUUAAACUCUUUCUAACAGCUUCACUCCUGAGCUGCUCAUGUCGAUGCUCGAAGGUGCGGGUGCCAAAAUCCGUUACAGCCAUCAAAGGAACCUGUGUGGUGGUGCCGUGCAGUACCACAUCUCACACAUAUGCGACUUGGUACAAGUAUCAGCGCUCUGGAUACCCUCCAGUGUAUUCUAAAGACACCAAAGAUAUAAUAAAUCAGUUUAGAGGAAGGACAUCACUCCUGGGAAAUGCUAUGCAGGGAAACUGUAGCCUAAAGAUUGACAAUGUUCGCCAAGAGGAUGGAGGAAUAAGUGUGUAUGUAUGGAUCAAUCCUCACAGCAUAUAUGGAGAUUACACAGAGAUAAAAGUCUUGGCACCUUCAGAGACUCGCAUUUCUGUAGAAAGCACACAAGUGGAAGGAACGCUUUUCUCAGCCAAAUGCACAGUCCGGCACUCCUGUCCAGUGUCUCCACCUCUGCUGGAAUGGCUGGGCCUGUCUUCUGUUUCUAAUGAGGUGACCACUACACAGGACUCGGGUGGCUUGUGGGUUUCUGUGGCACACGCUCAGUUCAAUGCCAGCCGUCGAGACCAUGGUAAAAGGGUCACAUGCAGGAGAAUGUCAGAUGGAAACACUGCGACUGGUGAUGCACUUAACAUCUUAUAUGCCCCAACAAAUGUGAACAUACAUACCAGUGGAACAACGCCUGUGGUUGAGGGUAGUAACAUCUCAUUAACAUGUAGUAGUGACAGCAACCCUCCAGUGGCCAGCUAUGAGUGGCGCAUCAUCCAAAUGAAUAGCACCAUUAAGCACAAGACAAGAAGUUUAUUGAUUCAAGAUGUCAGACGAGAUAUGAAAAUCUCCUGCAUUGCCGAUAACUCCAUCGGACUGGGUGAAUCAGACCAACUGUCUCUGAAUGUCCAUUAUGCCCCAACAAAUGUGAACAUACAUACCAGUGGAAGAACGCCUGUGGUUGAGGGUAGUAACAUCUCAUUAACAUGUAGUAGUGACAGCAACCCUCCAGUGGCCAGCUAUGAGUGGCGCAUCAUCCAAAUGAAUAGCACCAUUAAGCACAAGACAAGAAGUUUGUUGCUUCAAGAUGUCAGACGAGAUAUGAAAAUCUCCUGCAUUGCCCAUAACUCCAUCGGACUGGGUGAAUCAGACCAACUGUCUCUGAAUGUCCAUUAUGCCCCAACAAAUGUGAACAUACAUACCAGUGGAACAACGCCUGUGGUUGAGGGUAGUAACAUCUCAUUAACAUGUAGUAGUGACAGCAACCCUCCAGUGGCCAGCUAUGAGUGGCGCAUCAUCCAAAUGAAUAGCACCAUUAAGCACAAGACAAGAAGUUUAUUGCUUCAAGAGGUCAGACGAGAUAUGAAAAUCUCCUGCAUUGCCCAUAACUCCAUCGGACUGGGUGAAUCAGACCAACUGUCUCUGAAUGUCCAUUAUGCCCCAACAAAUGUGAACAUACAUACCAGUGGAACAACGCCUGUGGUUGAGGGUGGUAACAUCUCAUUAACAUGUAGUAGUGACAGCAACCCUCCAGUGGCUAGCUAUGAGUGGCGCAUCAUCCAAAUGAAUAGCACCAUUAAGCACAAGACAAGAAGUUUAUUGCUUCAAGAUGUCAGACGAGAUAUGAAAAUCUCCUGCAUUGCCCAUAACUCCAUCGGACUGGGUGAAUCAGACCAACUGUCUCUGAAUGUCCAUUUCCCUCCCACCAUCCUGCCAGACUCAGCCUGCUGGGAGAGGGAAGGAUCUCUGCACUGCAUGUGCUGGGUGGAGGCGGAGCCAAACGCCAGCAUCUCCUGGACUGUUGAUGGAAGAAGUGCUCUCCUUCCUCACUUCAACAUGACAAAUAACUGUACGGGAAGGACCACAGUGUCAGUGAUGACAGGGCCACCGGGCCACUUUGUAACUUGUGAGGCAGCAAACUACUUGGGCAAUGACACUUACCAGAUGUCUGGCUUUCCACAGCUGGCAAAAGGCACUGUUGGAUUUUACUAUUUCAUUCUGGCGGCCAUAGUUUUAAUUGUGGUUGGAAUUGUGCUAGUUGUCCACAGAAGACUGAAAAAGAGACAUGAACACUUGAGAGGACCUAGAAAGGCAACAAGUUCAGAGUACACAACCCAGGCUAGACAUGAAAACUCAGGAGGAGCUAAAAAUACAAGUUCAGAGAACCCAACCCAGUGUAGGAUGACAUGUCCAAUAUCUACCUGAACGAAUGAUACUCUGCAAAUAUCUUGAUGGCCUCAGCUGUCCAUUUCUUCAGUACUCUUCAACCCAAAAUGUUCAGAAAUAGAAUUGAGGUUUUUUGACUCUGGCAAUUUUGAGCUCUAACUCUGCCUGAUCUUACAUCAAUUUCUGUUGAACUUUACUGUUGCAAGGUUAGGAUGGAUGGCAAACUUCUGGUCUUUUUUCUCUUUCUGUAUCUCCCUUGGAGAAGGUUGUUGGAAAGAUGAGUGCAACACAGAGGGAUGUUAGCCAGCUAUCAGAACUGCAGAAAGGUGUAAGAUACUUGAAGCUACCUGAGAGGUAUAACAAGCUGUCCAUAAAUAAGGCCUUGGAGACUGCCAAGCAAAUAUUACCAGCUCUGGCUGCCCACCUGAAGAGGUAGAGAAAAGUAAAAGCCAGGAGAAUAAACAGCUUCUCCCACAAGCCAAGUGUACUCUCUGUGGCAGGCUAAGAGCCUAAGAACAGACCCACCAAAGCUGGAAAUUGAACAAUAUUGGAAAAGCGUGUGUGUGUAUGUAUGUGU